CUGAACGCGUCACAAGCUUCCCCAAAAAUGUACUUGUUUUAGUUUACCGCAAUGCUUAAUUGUUAUUGGCUACUUUUCGGCUUUCUUGUUUAUGUAACCAAUUACACGCAUUUAUUAACGUGCACGAGUUUGUGAGAUAUGGCAUAGUGCAAUGGAAACUCAUUAAUUAAUUGUAGUCGUACGCAUUGAAAAUGGCUGAAUUGUUUUUUCGAGAAUUACAAUAAAUUAAUUUCAAUGCUAAUUGCCACUGUAAAAUUGACUAAAAUCCAAAGUGCGUAGUCGCGAGUAUGGAUGUGGACGAUUCUGCUGUUGACCUGAGCGUCAGGUCUUUGCCUCCUGAGUUGAGCGAGCUUCGUGCUCUGACGGCCAGCGGGCUGACCAUAACGCCAGCACAGCCUCCCCCACAUGGAGCAAGUGGCAAGCGCGUACUGCGGCCGCGCUCGGAGCAGCGCAGCUACGCCGAGAGCCCGGACAUCGUGUUGCUGCCCGCCGCGCCGCCGCACCGCAAGCCCAGCGUCGCUCCCUUCACUGACAUGAGCAGCAAGAUGAAUUCUUCAUCAGCAGUGAACGUUUCGAUUACUGCCACCGCAGCGCCCGAGUCGCCGCGGGACCCGCGCGAUGACGACUCGUCCGAUGAUGAAAACGACCCUCCCAUCACUCCUGUAGACAGGGAGCUGUCAAGCGCGGAGAUAUGGGAGCGCGAGCGCUUAGUACGUGCAUUACGAGAAAAACUUCGCGCCGAGGAAACUCGCUUGGUGCUCUUGAGGAAGAUACGUCAGUCGCAGUGUGCGCCGCCCAAGCAGGCGGAGCCGGCGGGCACGGCGCUAGCAGGGUCGGGCUGCGUGGUGCCGCCCGGCGUCACCGUCACGCCCGCGCCGCCGCCCGCGCACCAGGGGAACAAGCGGUCGACCAGCACGGCGAGCUCGAGCUCGACGGCGGCCAACUCCAGCCGGCGCACCUCCAGCCUGCCGGGCGGCGCCACGCUCACGCCGGGGCCCUACCGCACGCAGUCGUCCGGCAGCGGCGCGAGCAUCACGCCGUCCGUCACCAUCACGCCCGCGCCGCCGCCCGCCGCCGCCGCCAACGCCAAGACAAGUUCGCGCAGCGGCGAGGAGUCCCAGACGCCGGCUCAACGGCAAGCGGCCGCCAAGCUCGCACUGCGCAAGCAACUCGAGAAAACACUACUGCAGAUCCCGCCGCCCAAGCCACCGCCGCCGGAGAUGAACUUCAUCCCCUCCCCCUCUAACACCGACUUCGUAUACUUAGUUGGUUUAGAGCACGUGGUCGACUAUCUCACCAACGAGGACCGCAUGCCCCGCUCAACAGUCCCGGCCGUGUGCGCGCAGUGCGGGUGCGACUUCACGCCGGUGUGGCGCUGGGAGCGCGCGCCGGCGCGCCGCCUCGACCCCACCUUCACCGCGCCGCCCGCGCCGCCGCAGGCGCGCCGGCUGUGCGAGCUGUGCGUCUCCGGCAACGUCAAGCGCGCGCUCAAGGCCGAGCACACGGCGCGGCUGAAGACGGCCUUCGUGCGCGCCCUGCAGCAGGAGCAGGAGAUCGAGCGGCGCCUGUCCGCCGCCUGCGCAUCUCCCCCCGCGCCCGCUGCACCCGCGCCGCCUCCCGCGCACGCGCACCGUCCGCAGAUGUCGGUGACGCGCACUAGCUCUAGCGCGCGCGCGGCGCCCACGCCGCCCGCCGCGCCGCCCGCCAAGCCGGCGCCCGCGCCCGCGUCCGCGCCACCCAACAGCAACCGAAGCUCGUCGCUGGGCUCUUCGUCGCUGGAGCGGCACCACGAGCGGCGCGCGGACGGCGAGGCGCCCGCGAAGAAAGGUAAAGGUUCGUCUGCGAGCAGCACGAGCCAGAGUAGCAGCAGCAAGCCGCAUCAGCAGUUCGCGGCGGCGGCGGCGGCGCAGAUGGCGUUCGAGCAGCACUCGGCGGCCGCCAUGCAGGCCCUCCAGCACCAGCUGUUGCGAGGUCAGAUAGGUCUGAGCGGCGCGGGCGCGGGCGCGGGCGUGGGGGUGGGGGUGGGGGGCAGCAUGUCGCCGGCGGCGGCCGCGGCCGCCAUGAUGCAGUUCAGCCCGCUGCUCUACACCUACCAGCUCGCCAUGGCGCAGGCCUCCGCGCUCGGCAAGCGGUCGGGUAAAAAUAGUAGCGGCAGCAGCAGCGCGGCCAUGGCAGAAAUGCAGCGCGUGGCCGAGGCUCAGCGCCAGUACCUGCUCGACAUGAUCCCCGGACAACACGCCCGCAACCCCUGGACCAAGAACUAGCCAGGAUCGAAGGCUUCGGAUAAAUAUUUAGAUAAAAAACUAGUAAGAAUUUUACAUAAGUAAGCACCUAAGGCGUGGGCUUGUCAAAACAUAAGUAUCUUUUUAACGUUUUUAAUUAUAAAUUAAUGAUACAUAAUAAUGCACAAGAUUUAAAUACGUAAUUGUCUAGACGACCGGUAAGUUACAGUAAUUACAAGUAAUUAAUUUAAGACGAUCGUUUUGUAUGUCUGGUUUCAAAUAAUAAAUAAUUUUAAGAU